AAAGAUGUACACUCAAAGUUUCAACAAAGUACCGAGUUUUGAGGAGAUGAGGAAAUUUGAGUAUGAGGGAAGCCCAAUGAUCAAUAAUUAAAUCAACUCUACAAAAAAAAAUAAAAAAAUUCAAGCAAUAAAGAUACUAAUUUAUAUGCAGUAUAAAGGUUAGAAAAGAAAAGAAAUUUAAAAAAUGGUGUUGUCUUCUUCUCUCUAGCUCCCACCUCCCCUGCUUUCAUUUCCUCUUGUUCGUUCGUCAUAUAGGACUAUAUUAUAUACACAUACACAUACAUAGUCACAGAAACAGAGGCAUUCAACGUGGGUAGGAGUUGUUCUCGCUAAUUUCUAGGUAUUCCUUCCUUCACUACCUCACUCACUCAUUUAUCUUUUUCUUGUUUUAAUGCCUUGUUUGGUUCUCUUUUUUUUUUUAAACUAAUUUUUCCUCCUUCACUCUCUUUUAUGUGCAUUGACAAACAAAGACUCCUACUUGGGGUUUUUUUGAGGUUUGAGUUCAAACCAAGCAAAACACAAACAAAAACACAGAAACAGAGGUAGAAGAAGAAGGAGGUAAAAAGAAAGUUUAUUUUUGUUUAGCAAAACCCAAUGAAGAAAAAGUUUGGAAUUUGAGGCAGAUGUUAUUUCUAGUAGACUAAAAAUGAUGUUUAAUUCGAGGCAAAAAUACCAUUUUUCAUCAUCUGUUUAUUUUCUGCUGCUGCUUCAUUUUUUCGUCCACCACAUUUUUUUCUCUUCUCUUGCUGCAGCAACCAAUGAGGAGGCUACUAUCCUCUACUCUUGGGCCCACAACAACCACCAUGCACAACCACUGCCACCUGAGUUCUCUGAUUGGAACUUAGUGGACCCCACACCAUGUAAAUGGAGCUUCAUUACUUGUUCAUCACUUGAUAAUAACUCUGUUAUUGAAAUUAACAUUCAGUCUAUUUCUCUUCAACUUCCUUUUCCUGCAAAUUUGUCUGCUUUUUCUUCUCUUCAGAAACUUACUAUUUCUGGGUGUAACUUAACUGGGUCUAUCCCUAUUGAAGUUGGGGACAUUCUGUCUCUUAUUUCCAUUGAUCUUAGCUCAAAUUCCUUAUCUGGGUCAAUCCCGGUUUCGAUAUCGAAACUAAAAAAUCUUCAAGAUCUGUCACUGAACUCUAAUCAGCUCACUGGGAGAAUCCCAGCUGAGAUUAGUGGGUGUUUAAGUUUAAGAAACUUGUUACUUUUUGAUAAUCAGCUCAGUGGUAAUUUACCUCCUGAGUUGGGUAAAAUUAGUAGCCUUGAAGUGAUUAGAGUUGGAGGUAAUAAAGACAUUGUGGGAAAAAUCCCAGAUGAAUUUGGUGAUUUGAGUAAUCUUACUGUAUUGGGUGUUGCUGAUACUGGAGUCUCAGGAUCAUUACCUUCUAAUUUGGGUAAGCUUUCAAAACUUGAAACACUUUCAAUUUAUACAACUUCAAUUUCUGGUGAAAUUCCUCCUGAGUUGGGAAAUUGUUCUGAGCUUAUAAAUAUUUAUUUGUAUGAUAAUAGUUUAUCUGGGUCAAUCCCACCUGAGCUUGGAAAGUUGAAAAAACUUGAAAAAUUGCUGCUUUGGCAGAAUUCACUUGUGGGUUCUAUCCCAGAUGAGAUUGGGAAUUGUAGUAGCUUGAAAAGUGUUGAUUUUUCAUUGAAUCAGAUUUCUGGGACUAUUCCUUUGUCAAUUGGGGGUUUAUCUGAACUUGAGGAGUUUAUGAUUAGUAAUAACAAUGUGACUGGUUCAAUUCCUGAUGUUUUGUCAAAUUGUAGUAAGUUAUUCCAGUUACAGUUGGAUACUAAUCAGAUUUCUGGUCUAAUCCCCCCACAAAUCGGGUCUCUUUCAAAGCUUACUGUGUUCUUUGCUUGGGCUAAUCAACUCGAAGGGAGCGUUCCUGCUAGUUUAGCUAGUUGUAGUAACCUACAAUCACUUGAUUUGUCUCAUAAUUCUCUCACUGGUAGUAUUCCCCCAGGGUUGUUUCAAAUAAAAAACCUUACGAAACUUCUAUUGAUUUCCAAUAAGAUCUCCGGUAUUCUCCCUCCCGAAAUUGGUAAUUGUACCUCUUUGAUUAGGCUUCGGCUUGGACAUAAUCGGAUAUCGGGUGAAAUUCCUCGAGAAAUUGGGGGUCUUCGGAAGUUAAACUUCCUUGAUUUGUCAAGUAACCACCUCUCUGGUGUAGUUCCUGAUGAGAUUGAGACUUGUAGUGAGUUGCAGAUGCUGGACCUCAGCAGGAACAACCUAGGGGGUCCCUUGCCUUAUACAUUGUCAUCCCUCUCUUCUCUGCAAGUAAUGGAUGCUUCAUCUAAUAGAUUUGUGGAUGAAAUUCCGGAUGGUUUUGGUCGUCUUGUAUCAUUAAAUAAGCUGAUCUUGAGCAACAACAUGAUAAGUGGAUCAAUACCAUCAAGUUUAGGCCUAUGUUCAAGUCUCCAGUUGCUUGAUCUUGGCAGCAAUAAGCUUUAUGGAGAGAUUCCAAGCGAUUUGUGCAAGAUCGAGUCUCUCGAAAUUGCACUCAAUCUGAGUGGAAAUUUGCUUUCUGGUCCGAUCCCAUCUCAGUUAUCAGCACUAAACAAGCUCUCAGUUUUAGACCUUUCACAUAACAAGCUCAACGGGUUCUUAAACCCACUUAUUGGCCUCGAUAACCUUGUCUCUCUCAACAUAUCCUAUAAUAACUUCACUGGAUUACUCCCUGAUAAUAAGCUCUUCCGGCAGCUUCCUUUAGCAUCGAUGCAGGGUAAUGAAGGGUUGUGUUCGAUCGGGAAAGACUCGUGUUUCACGAGCAAUGGUGCUGCCUCCGAACAUUCAGAUUCCAAUAAUGAAGUAAAGAAAGCUAGGAUUCUUAAAAUAGCCAUUGCUUUGCUUAUUGUUAUGACAGUUGCAAUGGUAAUAAUUGGGAUUUUUGCUAUGUUUCGAGCACGAAGAACUGUAAAGGAUGAGCAGGAUUCAGAGUUGGGUGAUUCAUGGCCUUGGCAUUUCACCCCUUUCCAGAAACUUAAUUUUUCGGUUGAUCAAGUGCUCAAAUGUCUCGUGGAUUCAAAUAUCAUUGGUAAAGGGUGUUGAAUGGUUUAUCGAGCUGAUAUGGAAAAUGGUGAAGUCAUUGCUGUUAAAAAGCUAUGGCCAACCGCACGCUCUGCAUCCAACAGUACUGAAGAUGAAAAGAGUGGAGUUCGAGACUCAUUCUCUGCUGAGCUUAAGACCCUCGGAUCAAUUCGCCACAAAAACAUUGUUAGAUUUCUUGGUUGUUGUUGGAACAGAAACACAAGAUUGCUUAUGUAUGAUUACAUGCAAAAUGGGAGCUUGGGAAGCCUCUUGCAUGAGAGUUCAAUGAAUGCCUUAGAGUGGGGUCUUAGGUACCGAAUUCUGCUUGGUGCUGCUCAAGGCCUUGCCUAUUUGCAUCAUGAUUGUAUUCCACCGAUUGUUCAUCGGGACAUCAAGGCAAACAAUAUCCUAAUCGGACUAGAGUUCGAGCCAUAUAUCGCAGAUUUUGGCUUAGCCAAGCUUGUUGAUGAUGGUGAUUAUAAUCGCUCCUCCAACACUGUUGCUGGCUCUUACGGAUACAUAGCUCCUGAAUAUGGUUACAUGAUGAAGAUCACGGAGAAGAGCGAUGUGUAUAGCUAUGGCGUAGUAGUGUUAGAAGUACUAACAGGCAAGCAACCCGUGGACCCCACGAUUCCCGGAGGGUUACAUGUUGUCGAUUGGGCACGGCAAAAGAAGGGAGGGAUCGAAGUCCUCGAUCCGAGCUUAUUGUCUAGACCUGAAACCGAGAUUGAGGAAAUGAGGCAAGCGUUAGGCAUUGCAUUGCUAUGCGUAAACGCUUCACCGGAGGAGAGGCCAACAAUGAAAGACGUCGCAGCAAUGCUUAAAGAAAUCAAGGAUGAAAAGGAAGAAUAUGCUAAGGUUGAUAUGUUGCUUAAGGGCUCACCUACAACAACAAAUGAUCAAGGAAAUAAAAAACAUAGAAAUGGAGUUGCAACUUCAUCAAGAUCAACUAAUGUGGAAAGCUUUUAUCCAGACAGCAAUAACACAAGCUUUUCUGGAUCCUCAUUGCUUUACUCAUCGUCUAAUCCAAGGUUGGAUUAAGAGAAAAUAAUAAAUUCAACUAUUUUCUACGAAAAUAUUAAUCAAGCUUUUUAGCAAAAAUUUGCUCAGUUUAUUUGUUAGCUACUAAAUUUCCCUGUCUCAUUUAGUGGGCCUCUUUUUGUUUUUUUUUUUCUUUAUUCUUAUUCUUGUCUUCCCCCACCUCCCCCCAACUUUUCCAUGUUUCUGUGUAAAGGACAAAAGUUGAGGUUAGUUUAUAAGUGAGAAAGUAUAAAAUGAAGCCAUGAGUUGAUGGCGUGGCUUUUGGAAGUUUUAUUAA